CGAAGAGGAACAGUGUAUGUUCCCUCCACAAAUUAAUGGUACAUGCCGUGGGGACAUACAAGUUAAUUUUGAAGAGGUAUGUUAUCACUGCAACACAAGAUCAACUACGACGAUUGCUGGUCCAGAAACAUCAAGCUCAUAUUCACGAACGUCUACAAUCGUAUCUGUACCUGUAUCCGCUUCAACUAUAAAUUCAACACCUGGAAGCUCUGGAACACCACAUAUAUCGACACAACCACGAACAACACAAUCAAGUCAACAGACAACCAGCGGUACUAUUUCGACUACACCUAGCCCAGACAAUACAACAACACUGGUGGUGAUACUAGUGGUUGCUGCGAUUGUCCUGCUGAUCCUGAUAAUCAUUCUCUGCAUUCUCAUCGCACGUGUCAUUAAAACUUGCAGAAAGUCAUCUGAUGAGAGCAAGCAAAAUAGUGAUCAAUUUCAAGAAGACCGAGGCAUUGAACCAGGACUAAAAAAUAAACCCGAGACUCAAUUUGACCAACAGAUACACGUGUAUGGCAAUCGUGCGUUUCAUGAACAAGAUGUUGUAAAUCGAGUUGAAAUUCCCGCUGUUGCUAUUAUAAGGCCAAUCUCGGAGCAGGCGGGCUAUGCCAAUAUUGAUCAACUCAAGAGCAACCCCAGUACAUCAAUAGCACACCAUGAAGAACCUAUUGGUACAAAUCCUUUCGUUAUCUCUGAUAAACCUGAAAUUUCUGUGAAACCAAAACUGAGCAAUGUGAAAUCAGAUCAGCACCUAAUAACACCAACCAUCCUCACUGAUGAAGAAUUGGGUCAACUAUAUGCAACCUCGAACAAGAAGCGUCCAUCAGAACCUCACAAAUUGGAAUCCGAAACUGAACAGAGUGGCAUCGUAGAGAACAACCAGGGAAUAGCGGAGGUUUACGCGAAACCAAAUAAACUAUCACGUAAGAGAAGUGUCCAUUUCCAUGAGGAAAAAGACACUGUAGUACCUCCAGUCGAACAGUAUGAGUCAUUAGUUAAUGAAGAUGAGCAAUCGCAGAGGUAUGGUGUUAAUGUUGAACAAGAUCUUUCGCUGAAUACGAAGCCAGAUGAACCAUCAAAGUAUGAUAAAAUACAACUCAAUGUGUCGAAAUCGAUUGGGAAAACUUCCAUUGAUCCCGCGUAUGAUAGCAUAAAGUCUAUCAAAGUUGAUGACAAACAACCCGGGAAUCAAAUGAUAUCUGGGAGAUGCUUCGAUCGCGUCGAAGUUGAUUUUGAGCAGGUUCGCUAUGAAUGUACAAAACAACAAGUUACACCAAGCUCUCCUUCUCCAACGUCCAUAGUAGCGCUGGUCGUCCUGGUGGUUGCAUCAUUUGUCCUCAAUAUCCUGAUCAUCAUAAUUCUCUGCAUUUUCAUUGCAUGUGUCAUCAGAAUCUACAGAAAAUCAUCGGAUGAAAGCAAACAACAAAGUGACCAAUUUAAAAGCGAUUGUCACGAUUCAACAAAAAUAGACCGAGACAGUGAACCAGGACUAAGCGUUAAACCCGAGACACGACAUGAACAACAUGAAUUUCCAGCUGUUCCGAUUAUAAGUUCCAUUUCGAGGCAUAUACAAAAAGAAAACGACAAUGUGGUACCAACAGAAGGUCAUUAUGAGUCAAUUAAUGAAGACGAGCAGUCAUUGAAAGCGUGA